CUUUUGAUUAAAUUAUAUUUUUAGGGGGAAAGUAUUUUCUAUAAUUAUUUUAGGGAUAAAUAUUUGAUAAAUUAUAUUUUAGGGAAAACACAAAGGCCAUAUUAAUAGAAGUCUGACAAAGAACAUUGCAGAGACUUUUUGACACUAAAAUGAAUUGUACUUUUCUUUUGUAGUUAUUAACACAUGAUUUCAAGUUGAAUUCUUUUAAAUGAUUCUCAGAUUGAACUUCGCUUAAUAUUGUUAUAAUGUGCUAGGAAAAGUUCUCCAAGUUCCUUGAGAUUUAUCCUCUUCACAUUUUUGGUCCAUUACAAUUAACUGUGCAUUGUGGCCCCAAUUCAGCAAAGUAUUUAUUUAAACAUGUGCUUAAAUCACCAAUUCUUAAUUUAAGCACAUGCUUAGAUUCUUUGCUGAAUACAAACCUGAGAGAUUAGACUGGUUUGACCUGUACUCUUCUGGCCAAUUUGGAUUUCAUAGAUGUCAUCAAUGGAGUAAAUUUCCCUGUAUUACAAAACAUGUCAAUCUUGUGACUAAGCCAAAAAAUAAACCUAGAACCAGCACAGCCUUUGUUUAAAAUGAAAUGGUAAAAUAACUGAAUACACACCCGGUUAAGUCUUGCAGAUAAAAUUGUGAUUCAUUAACUAAGAUCUGGCAAUACAAGUUCAGGGUCAGGACAAAUGUGAAACAACUUGACAGGACUUGUUCAGUCUUCCUGAACAGCCUCGUUCUGUCUUCCUGAAGUUGGACAGCUUUAAAUAAAUUACCCUCAAAGAAAAGAAUUGCUGUAUUUUUAAACAGCAACAGAACUGAAUCAACUGCUCAGCCAAGCACAAGACACCAAAGAUGGCCAAUGAAGCAAGACCUUGCCCAUGUGACAUUGGAGACAGGUUUGAGUAUGGGGGCCUUGGGCGUGAAGUACAAGUUGAGCACAUCAAGGCGUAUAUUUGCAAACCAUCCACCAGCACGGAAAAAGCUGUGAUUGUGAUUCAAGAUAUAUUUGGAUGGCAACUUCCAAAUACCAGAUACAUGGCUGAUAUGCUUGCAGCUAAUGGAUACAUAGCCAUCUGCCCAGACUUCUUUGUGGGACAAAAACCUUGGGAACCUUCUGAUGACUGGUCCACCUUUAAUGACUGGCUGAAAACUCGAGAUGCCAGCAAGAUAGACAGGGAAGCUGAUGUUGUCUUGAAGUAUCUAAAGGAGCAAUGCAAUGCAAAGAAGAUCGGUGUCAUUGGAUUUUGCUGGGGUGGAAUGGCUGUACAUCACUUGAUGCUGAAAAAUCCUGAAUUAAAAACUGGGGUGGCCAUAUAUGGAAUAAUAAAGUACUUUGAGGAUAGAUACAGUUUGCUCCACCCCACAUUCUUCAUUUUUGGUGAAAAUGAUGAUUACAUCCCUCUUGAACAAGUCACCCUACUGGAGCAGAAACUAAAACAACACUGUAAAGUUGAUUACAAAGUUAAAAUUUACCCUGGACAAACUCAUGGUUUUGUACAUCGCAAGAGAGAAGAUAUGAACCCUCAAGAUAAACCUUACAUUGAAGAAGCAAGAAAGGACAUGCUCAACUGGCUAAAUAAAUACCUUUAACAAAAGUAUACUGCUAGAUCUGUAAAACACAAUCCAGUAAUUUGUUAGGCAGACUUUAGAGCACAUUGUAAUUUUAUUUUUGGAAAAAAUAAAAAUAAUUUAAAAUUUAAUUAGAAGAUUAAAAAAAAAGAG